AUGGCGCUAAAUUGUUUUUUGGUUAUUUUCUUUGUCAAUUUCGGUUGUGUUGUGUCUGAGAUAAGUUUAAGAUUCAUUUUUAUAAUAGAAAAACAUGAAUUGGAUCUUCCCGCACAGAUCGGUGUUGCUAUGAAAGUGACAGAGGAAGCGAAACCGGAUGUUCAGCUUAGUGACGAUAUUAUACAACUGGAUAGAGAAAAUGAAGAAGAAAGUUAUAGGAAAUUAUGUUCCUCUCUUGGUAAAGGAGCUACCAUCAUUAUUGACGUAUCCUGGUCACCAUGGGAGAUGGUUGACCAGCUCGGAAUACCAAUUCUCCGUACUUCAUUGUAUUCACAACAGCUGGUGACAGCAAUUGAUAAUUAUUUGGAAUCUAGGAACGCGACUGACGCCGCCAUAUUAGUGGAAAGUGAAAGCGAUCUAGACAGAACUCUUUAUGAGCUACUAGGCAGGUCUAAUAUACGUGUUUGGGUUGAUACUGGUCUUACCACAGAAUCCUCUACAAUACUGAGGAAUAUGAGACCUGAGCCGAGUUUCUUUGUUAUAAUUGGUGAAGGAGGCUUCGUUAAAAAUACUUAUAAACGAGCAGUUAAAGAAAAACUCGUACUCCGUGACAACCGCUGGAAUCUUGUCAUAACAGACUACACGGGACAUAACUUCGAUAUAUCCCAGCUGGUACUCCCAACUGUUAUCUUACAUCUGGACGCAGCAGAGUGCUGUAAACUACAAGGUCUGGACACCUGCAUCUGUCCUGAAGAUUUCCCGAGAAAGCAAUACAUUCUCAACAACCUACUACAAUUCUUAAUAGAUAUAUUCAGGAAAGUCCCGAAUACGUCUACUAUAAUACGUUGUGAUGAGUCUAGUAAAAAUCAGAAGACAGAUGGAUUCCAAGAGUUACUGGCUACGGAGACAUAUGGAAAUGAUAGUCUGUUCUUUUGGAAUGCUGAUAGAUCCAGUCUACUCUUAAGAUCUCAGUUCAUUUUAUCUUCUGCUAAAACCGGAGUAUCAGAGACAGUCGCGAGCUGGUCUGCUAAUGAGAAGUACAAGUUGUUACCUGAUGCUGUACUGGAACCUAUCAGGACAUUCUACAGGAUAGGAACAGCGCCUGCUAUACCAUGGACUAUGAAGAAACUGGACUCGGCUGGAGAGGUUAUGUUGGAUGAAGAAGGUCAGCCUCUAUAUGAAGGAUAUUGUAUUGACCUAAUAGAAAAAUUAUCACAGACAAUGGAUUUUGAUUACGAGAUUGUAACUCCUAAGUCCGGUGACUUCGGUCAGAAACAACGUAAUGGUUCUUGGGACGGACUCAUAGGUGAUUUGAUGACAGGGAAAACAGAUAUAGUCGUCGCAGCUCUCACUAUGACGGCAGAAAGAGAAGAAGUCAUAGAUUUUGUCGCACCAUAUUUCGAGCAAACAGGGAUCUUAAUAACGAUUCGAAAGCCAAUACGUAAAACAUCACUGUUCAAAUUCAUGACAGUAUUACGUACAGAAGUAUGGCUCAGUAUUGUAGCGGCCUUAAUACUUACUGGUGUCAUGAUCUGGUUAUUAGAGAAAUAUUCUCCUUAUUCAGCUAGGAAUAAUCCUGAAGCUUAUCCAUAUCCGUGUAGGGAGUUUACAUUAAAAGAGAGUUUCUGGUUCGCGUUGACAUCGUUCACUCCGCAAGGUGGGGGCGAAGCGCCCAAAGCACUAUCAGGUCGUACCUUAGUGGCCGCCUAUUGGUUGUUUGUGGUUCUAAUGUUGGCUACCUUCACCGCCAACCUCGCCGCAUUCCUCACUGUCGAAAGGAUGCAGACGCCGGUGUCGUCUUUAGAACAAUUGGCGCGUCAGUCACGCAUUAACUACACAGUCGUGGAGUCUUCCAAUGUACAUCAGUAUUUUAUCAAUAUGAAGUUUGCUGAAGACACACUAUACAGAGUUUGGAAGGAGAUAACUUUAAAUGCAAGUUCGGAUCAAGCUCAAUACAGGGUAUGGGAUUAUCCUAUUCGGGAACAGUAUGGGCAUAUUCUUCUAGCUAUUAACGCUUCUGGCCCUGUAGUUGAUGCGAAGACCGGCUUUCAAAAGGUUAACGAGCAUACAGAAGCAGAUUUUGCUUUUAUACAUGAUUCAGCAGAAAUAAAAUAUGAGGUGACUAGGAACUGCAACUUGACUGCAGUGGGCGAAGUAUUUGCUGAACAGCCCUAUGCUCUGGCGGUGCAGCAAGGCUCCCGGCUCCAGGAAGACCUGUCAAGAGCACUGCUGCAGCUCCAGAAAGAGAGGUUUCUGGAACAACUAGCUGCUAAAUAUUGGAAUGAGACAGCUCGACAGAUGUGUCCAGAUGCGGAUGAGUCUGAAGGAAUUACAUUAGAAAGCUUGGGCGGUGUCUUCAUAGCCACACUAUUCGGUCUCGGCUUAGCAAUGAUAACUUUAGCGUGGGAAGUGUUCUACUAUAAACGUAAAGAGAAAAACAAAUUACGUCAAAUCGAGGGCAUAGACAAGACAGAAGCUUUCGCGCCGAAGAAAAUUAAAAAGAAAUCUAAUAAUGUUGCCAGGUUACGAAAAGUUACUAAUAUCAGUAGGAAUGUUACUAUAGGUGAUAAAUUUAAACCUGUAACUGAAAAGAGCGUUUCUUUUAUUAAUGUUUUGCCUAAGAAUGAUUUUAUGCCGUAGAUUAUUCGCUUAUAAUGACAUUGUCGUAGUAACCGAUGGUGUAUAAAUGCAUCCUUCAA